AUGCCUUUGGAUAGUAAAUAUGCUCUGAGGGUGUCAUCGAUUCCUAUCACGGUUUCGCGGGACGAGUUUAGCGCCUAUGUCAAAAGCCUUUUUACUACGAACAGCCCGAAAAAGUCUUUGACAUCUUUCCUCAAGAAGUAUUCAAGCAAAAGGGUGUCCAAACUUCCAGGCCAAUCCACUGAGGCGCGAACGACCUCACUCACUGAGGACGAUGCCGCUUUGGUCGUGUUUGAUGAGAUUCUGCAUAUCUCAAUUGCUAAACAACAUGGCUCAAAGAUAGGCACGAUAUCUGCACGAUCAAAGGGUGCUCUAACAGAUGCUUUGCUUCGACAUGAAAAGUCAAAAGCUCAUCGAAGCCAGGGAUGGGACUUGACUAGCAAUUUUCAAGGCAUUACUGUGCUUUAUGAGCACAAUAGUAGUGAUGAAGUAGAGAUGGAUAUUUGUACUGUCCAUGGACUGGGCGGGAACGCCAUGGAUACAUGGACGGCAGAAGGAGGUGCCAUGUGGCCACGAGACUAUCUCAGCUCUUCAGAGUAUUUUGAGAAGAGCCGGGUAAUGACAUUUGGCUACGAUUCUGAUCUGACAAAUCGAGAAACCGUGAUGACCCUAGACAACUGGGCGGAGACGUUACUUCAGAGUCUGGACGAAGUCAGAAUAUCUGAGAAGGAACGUUCACGCCCUUUGAUAUUAGUGUGCCACUCUUUGGGUGGUCUGGUGGCAAGAAAGGCCAUGUCACAAUUACCGACCUCCAAUGUAAAAGGCAUCAGCCUUUCGACAACCGGUUGUGUGUUCCUUGCGACACCUCAUACUGGUACGACAAGGGCUGACUGGGGUGACUUUUUGGUGGCGGUAGCCGCCGUUACGUCUGGCCUGAGACAAGAUGUAUUGAACAGCCUCAGAGCCUUUAAUCCUGAAUCAGUUUGGGAUAAGAAGGCUUUCCUAAAGCUUGAGCCACGGCCUCCGUUUAAAUGCUUUGCUGAAGCACGAAAGAUGAAGAUCAAAGGGACGCUUCAACAUGUUGUCACUCACGGCUCAGCAUCCUUAGACCCUGAAAAUCCAGCAUUGAUGAUUAUGCAAGCCGAUCACAACUCCAUUUGCAAGUUUGAUAAGCAGUUUGGUGCUUUUAUAACCAUCAGUCGCGGGUUGCGAGAUGUGUACGGCGAGGUGAUAGGACGUUCCACCAAACAGCCAGUAAUUGAACAUCGGAGAUUUGGGCAUCCCCGAUUUGUUGCACAUGCAUAUCCACCGCACAGGGGAGCUUGGUGGGAAGGCAGCGGAAUGAGUGAAAUUCAGCAUCGUCUUUCUAUCGAGAGUCCCUUCGUCGGCCGCAGUGAUGAGAUGAGUAAACUCGAAUCGACAAUAGCUAGCGAUACCACUCGUCAAAAGCUCACAUUAGUAAAGGGGAUUGCCGGCAUAGGGAAAACAGAAUUGCUCAUGCGCGUCGUUGCCAAAGAGAGAUAUCAGCGAAACGUUUUCUUCCUGAGAGCGGAUAGAUUCAAAUCUCUCGAGGACUCGCUGGCCGAUCUCUGUAGCAGUAUUGGCUUUGAUUUGAUCGAAAACCGAGAUGUCAACUCGGAGCAAUGGCAACGCACCCCAGUAGCGGAACGUAUACAAGUUUUCGUUUCCUGGCUGGGAGAAGAGUGUAACAGGAAUUCUCUCUUGGUACUGGACGAUGCGGAAAUUUUUGAUGCUGCAAGCAUCCAGGCCGCACUCAGAUUUCCUGCAUGGCAUGUUGUCAUGUCAACCAGAAACUCCAUACUUCGCGGAACUGGACGGGAUAUUCAGGACAUUCGACUACAGCCUCUCGAUGAAGGCGAUACUGUCUCUUUACUAAAGUCUUUAUCUAAGAGUCUAGAUCAUUAUCAGCCAACGGUGGUCACAGCUGAAGAUUGCCAGCCUUUGGCCAAGAUUAUUGCUGGCCAUCCUCUAGCAGCUCAAAAUGUUAUCCCUUUCCUUCUGGACUUCCUCGGCACAUUCAACCGUCCAGUAGAAGAAUUCGUAAGAAUCUUCACCUCUGGGACAAUGUCAGAGCGCCGAGUGUUUUUCGAAUUUUCGCCGCACGAUAUAUCGCUUUGGGACGCCUUCAGCUCAUCACUUGAACAGUUGAAAAGGUCUAGGGACUCUGAGAAGGCAGUGAAAUUAUUCCAGUUAUUGCCGUAUCUUUGCACAGAUCAAGACUACAUCGACUCGUUUCUCAAAAUGACGAGAAAGAGACGGAGUCUUCCCUCGGCUCAUACCCAGAUCGAGACCACAGUGCUUCGGUCGGAAUACGUAGUGGUAUCUCAAUGGCUUGAGAAGCUGCAAGGCGUUUCGUUAAUCGUCACUCAAAGCUCAAGACGGACCGGGAGUCUCAGCAUCCACCCAUUGAUUUUGGAAUUCUCACAACUGCUCACGAAUCAGGAGGCUCAACGAGAUCAUAUAAGGGAGGUUCUCCAGGUAUUCUACGAUACUCACGAUAUGUGCAGACAUGAAAGUCCCCAACACGUGCUCACCCACGUCAACCAUUGCCUGAGGCGCUGCUCCCAGUUUGGUAUAUCGCUCCCAACUCUCGACCUUCCUCCGCAGGUCACAAUGUGGCUUGAGAAUGUCUCUUCACAGCCAUCUCGGUUCCUGGUACCAUUGAGGACCAGAACGCCGGUCAUAGAGAUUCCACUUGCAAUGGCCCAGCCAACGACACAAAGAGCAGACAGCUUUAUCAUGCUAUGCAAUAUGGUCCAGAAGCAGUGGCAAGGCUCUAGCUCUGUGAUGGCCCCGGGUCAGGCCGAUCCCUUGUUAGUGAAGUGUGUAAUUAGUUUCAGAGAACUGAAAAGGUCGCUACAGGAGUCUGGACAAUACGGGAGACGGGAGUUACCAGUUCCGCUGAGGCAAGCAGUUAUUAACCUCUCUAGUAUCGCCAGGCAAAUAACUCUAUACCCUGACUUGUGCAACGAGCUCAGCGAGUUCCUAACAAAGAUUCAAUAA